AUGGGUGCCAAGCGAACCAGAGACGAGGACGACGCCGAGGAGGCCUUCCCUCGCGGCGGCAGCGGCUCGGGCGGCGAUGACCUGCCUCGUGGUGGCAAUACCGGCGGAGGCGGCGGCGGCUCCGGGAAGAAGCGCUCGAAGAAGCUGUUCGAUGAUGAAGAUGGCGGGGCUACCGCGUGGGUCGCUGGCGCCAAGAAAGUGGGCGAUGGCAAGUACGUUGAGCUGCUCAAGUAUAAGAACCUGCGUGUGGGCAUGAAGGUGCUCGGCGUGGUGACGGAGGUUAACGAUCGAGGACUCACCGUCUCGCUGCCGAAUGGCCUGAAGGGAACCGUGACUCGCGCGGAGGCCUCCGACGUGCUCGCGCCAGCGUCCAAGAGGGGCAAGAAGGGACCCGACGGGGAUGAUCCCUCGGAGGCGUCCGAGUCCGAGUCCGAGUCCGAAGAGGAGGACGAGGACGAGGACGAGCGACUUGAUCUGACCUCGAUGUUCCAAGUUGGGCAGAUUCUGCGCUGCAAGGUUCGCCAGCUCGGCAAGGGCAAGAGCGGCGGUAAGCGAAUCGACCUGUCCACUCGCCUCUCGCAGGUGUGCAGCAAUAUAUCCGGACAUUCUUUGACGGACGGCAUGGCCGUCCCCGCGUGCGUGAACAGCGUGGAGGACCACGGAUACGUGCUGUCCUUUGGCUGCUCGGACUCGCCAACUGGCUUUCUGCCGCGCAAGUCGUGCCCACAGUCGUUGGUGGACACCCUCGUGCGGGGUUCCAUCCUGGAUGUGGUGAUUGCGGGUGACGAAGGCAAGGAUGGCAAGAGAGCCCGGAGCAAGGGCCCCGGCGGUGUGAUGCAGUGCACCGCGGACCCAAAGCGGGUGGCGCAGGCGGUGACGCAUGAGGGUGACGGCGCCGCGAUGAGCACGCUGCUCCCGGGCAUGUUGGUCAACGCGAGGGUGAAGGCGGUGCUCGCCGAUGGUCUUCAGAUGAACUUCAUGACGUAUUUCACCGCGACGGUGGACGCAUUCCACGUGGGCGGCGGUGUGCACGGCGCGGCGCCCGAUCCCGCGGCAGCGCACAAGACGGGUGAGCGCGUGCGGGCGAGGGUGCUGUACGUGGACGCGGCUGCCAAGAGGGUUGGUCUCACCUUGCGUCCGCACCUGGUGACGCUCGAGGCGUCGGUGCGAGCGGGCGCGAUGCCAAAGCCCGGGACCAUCUUCGAAACCGCCGUGGUUCGAAGGGUGGACACCGCCAUCGGCGUCCUGCUCGAGCUCAAGUCUGAGAACGAGAACGUUCACCCCACCUUUGGCUACUGCCACAUAUCCGACGCCGCGGACGAGCACCUGGACAAGCUCGAGAAGAGGUUCAAGGUUGGCAAGAAGGUGCGCGCGCGAGUGAUCGGCUCGAGGGCGAUGGACAGCGUGGCCACCGUGAGUUGUAAGUCGACCGUGCUCGAUCAGCCGUUCUUGUCCCUGGAGGAGCUCGUACCCGGAAUGCAGGUGCGCGGCGAGGUUGUCGCCGUGGAACCUUACGGAGCCGUCGUGAAACUCGCGCCCGGGGUCAAGGCUCUGUGCCCGCCGAACCACAUCUCGGACAUCCCCGGCAGGGUGACCAACGCAAAGGUGAAGGAGGGUCUCAGCGCCAAGUUCAGGGUGGUGUCCGUGGACCGCGUCAAGGGACGAGCGGUGGUGACGCACAAGAAACAGCUGAUAAGGUCCGAGCUACCCGUCGUCGCCUCGCUCGAUGACGCGACGCCGGGUACGACGACACACGGCGUCGUCACGGGAGUUGAGCCCUACGGUGUCUUCGUGCAGCUCUACGGGAAUCUUCGCGGCCUGGCGGGUCUCCAGGACUUGGGACUCGCCGCGGAUCAGACCCCGCAGGAGGCUUUUGCCGUCGGCCAGGUGGUCAGAGCAACCGUGAUUCGCUCCGACAGAGGUGAACAGAAGAUCAAGCUCUCCCUCGCUCCGGGUGGUGCCGUCGCCAACGGUAACGACCUCGACGGCACGCCAGGGGAGAAGGGCGAUGUCGGCGCCCCGGAGCCCGGCACCGUUGUCGAGUCAGCGACUGUGAAGCGGGUCGAUGAAGCCACCGGCAACGUCCAGGUGACUCUGCCCGGGGGCGUGCCCGGCGUGGUGACCGCCGCGCAGAUGUCCGACCACCCGCUCACGGGUGCCGGCCUGUCUCAGGCGUUCGCGCCGGGUGACGAGAUCGGCCCGCUCGUGGCGCUGGAGGCGAAACCCCGUCGCUCGAUCCUCUCACGAAAAGCGUCCCUCGUGGAGGCUGCUCGCGGGGGAACGCUUCCAGAAGACAUCAGCGGCGUGGUCGUCGGAGCCAUCUAUCCGGGUUACGUCGCGUCCGCAACCGCUAACGCCGGAGUUUUCGUCCGAUUCCUUGGCCGUCUCACCGGUCUUGCACCUCCCUCGCAGCUCACCGACGUCCCAGUCGCUGGCGGCGUUGACCCGGAGGAGAUGUUUGCGCUCGGCCAGACGGUUCUCGCCAGAGUUGUGUCCGUGGACGCAACCGUCGAGCCUCCGCGACUUUCCCUGUCCCUCGCGCCUCGCGGUGUGGCGGCGUCGUCGGGGGUGACCGCGGAGGCGCCGCUGAUCCGGUCCAUCUUCACGGACGUUGACGUCGCCGAUAGGCUCGCCGAUGAGCGCGCCGCGAGCGGAGGCGAGGCACCCGAGGGUUUCCUCACUGCCGCCGCCAACGAAAAGCUUAAAGUUGGCGAAGAAAUCAAGGGCGUCGUUCACGCCGUGAGAGAAUACGGUGUGCUCGUGGACAUGCCUGAUGUGGACCCCGAUGCGGUUGGUCUGGUUGCGUUCCAUCAGCUCCCGAACGCGAACGGCGACAAUGAAGAGCCCAAGCAUCCGGCUGAAGGGGAGAAAAUAACGGGCCGUGUCCUCGACGUGUCCCGGCGCGAGGGUGUCGUCGACAUUGGUGCGCGCCCUUCGUUGACCGGGGCAAAGGUUGGGAAAAAGGGCGCCAAGGCGCUUACCACCGCUGAGCUCAAGAAGCGCAAGGCUGCCCAGGCUGGAGCGCAUAAGCUUGAGAUUGGCUCUAAGGUGACGGCAGAGGUUGAACUCGUCAAGCCUGAGUACGCUGUCCUUUCUCUGCCGGAUCACGGCGGUGCCAUCGCGUACGCGUCUGUGAACCUUCUGAACAGGCGUUUCAACGAGGAUGAGGUUGAGACGGAGAGAUUCGCGGUCGGGCGCAAGGUUACCGCCUUCGUUGCCGGCAACGCCGCGAGUGGGUCGCCCGGCGAUAGGCUCCUGCUCACGGUUCCCGCUGCCAAGUCCAACAAGGGCGCCGGAUCCGGGGAAGCAUCCGCGGUGGGCGCGGGUCUGGCCAUGGAGGGGGUGGUGAAGGAGGUGCAAUCCAUGCAGGCCAUCUUAACGCUGCCAAACGGGCGCAAGGGCAGGCUCCAUGCCACGGAGUUGGCCGAAGGAGCUUUUCCGAUGAAGAAGAUCGCCGUGGGCGCCACCUUGAACGUCGUCACGCUCGGACCCGCCGGCGACCGUGGGAACAUGCUCGAGCUGACCGUCAGACGUUCCGUGGAAGAGAGCAGGGAGAUUGCGCGCGCGGCGACCGAUGCGGGUGGUGGUGACGGAUCUGGUGCGGGCAUCGCGGGAACAGCCGCGCUCGCCACGCUCUCUGAGGGCGACGAGAUUGACGGCAUCGUAUCAGCCGUCUCUGCCGAUACCCUCGCCAUUGCCGUCGCUCCCGGCUUGACUGCUCGUGUGCCCAAGAUUGAGACUGGCGAUUCGAUCGCUGCUCUCAGAAAGGCGCUCACGUCAAGAUUCACCGUCGGUGAGCGCGUCAAGAUGACCGCCCUCGCCGCCGACGUUGCAAGGAAGAAGAUCAUCGUGACCCUUCGAUCCGCGGACAAGCGAAACGUCGUGGAGGGCGCAAAAAUUGCGGGCAUCGUCUCCAAGAUUGCCCCCGGCGGAGGCGGCGUGUUUGUCCAGCUCAACUCCAGGCAGCACGGUCGCGUUCACGUCACCGAUAUCGCGGAUGAUCCUCGCUCCGAACCCUGGAAGCUGCACAGCGUCGGCGAGGCGGUUGAGGUGAGGGUCCUCGGUGUUGGCGAGGGUGGCGAGGUUGACCUCUCCAUGAAGAGCUCUGCGCUCAAGUCCAAGGGCUCAUCCAACGGUAUCAGCUCCGUCUCGCAGCUUGCUCCGGGCGCGCACGUCUCCGGGUUCGUCAAGCAGGUGAACAAGGGAGGAUGCUUCGUCGCCAUCUCCAGGUCGGUUGACGCGAGGGUCAAGAUGUGCAACCUCGCGGAUACCUUUGUCUCCGACCCCGCGCAGGAGUUCCCCAAGGGUAAGCUCGUGAAGGGAACCAUCCUAUCGGUUGAUGAGUCCUCGGGCCGCGCGGAGAUGACCCUCAGGUCCGACGGCAUGGACGCCGCCGCGGGUAGGUCCCAGAUUGACAACAAUGCGCACGUGGAGGAGGGAAGCGUGCAGAUGGGCACCGUGCGACGGGUCCAGACCUACGGCGUGUUUGUCACCCUCGACGGCUCGGGUCGAUCGGGUCUGUGCCACAUCAGCAUGUUUGCGGAUGCGCGGAUCAAGGAUUCGCUCGAGCAGCACGUGCGCGCAGGCGAGCGCGUGCGGGUGAAGGUGCUCCAGGUUGAUGAAGAGACUGGGAAGAUCUCCCUCGGCAUGAAACCCUCCCUCUUUGCGGAUGAUGAGAUGCCUGACGGCGACGCCGGGGCUGGAAUGGAGGAGGAUCCGCUCAUGGCGGAUGAGGAUGAGGAAAUGGAGGAGGACGACGACGACGAUUCCGCAGAUGAGGCCGAGGAAGAGGAGGAAAUUGAUGACGAUGAUGAGGACGCGGAAGAUGAUGAGUCCGACGAGGAUGAUGAUGAGUCCGACGAGGAUGAUGAUGAGUCCGACGAGGAAGGUGCCGAUGUGCUCGAGGGUGACGACGACGUUGACAUGGACUCCGAGGAUGGGGAUGACGUGGAUGAGGACGACGAGGGCGAGGAUGAUUCCGACGAUGAGGACGACGAGGAUUCUGAUGACGAGGACUUGGAAGACGACGACAAGGGUGCGGUCGACGAGGAUAUCGGCUUUGACUGGGACGACGACAAGAAUGCCAAGGACGAGGAGGAUGAGGAGGACGCCGCCGACGAGGGACCAAAGUCCAAGUCAAAGUCCAAGCGCGAACGAGCAAAGGAGAAGGCUGCCAAGGAGCUCGAGCUCCACCGCAAGGAGCAGGCUCUCAGGGACAAGGCUGACGCCGCACCGGAGACCGCGCAGGACUUCGAGAAGCUCAUCAUGUCCUCCCCGAGGUCCUCAUACGUCUGGCUCAGGUACAUGGCGUUUCAGAUGUCCGUGGGCGCAUACGACGAGGCGAGAUCGGUUGCGGAGCGCGCUCUCAAGGCCAUCCCGGCGGAUGACGAGGACGAGCGCAUGAACGUGUGGGUGGCGUACCUGAACCUCGAGAACCUCCACGGCAAGCCAUCGCCGAGGGAGGCGCUUCUCAAGCUGUUCGACCGCGCCACCAAGGUUGCCAACCCAAAGAAGCUGCACCUCACCCUCGCCGGCAUCUACGAGCGAUCCGGGCAGGACGACAUGGCUGCCCAGACGCUCAAGACAGCCACGAGGAGGUUCGGCCAGUCCGCCAAGGUGUGGCUCGCACACAUUCGCGCUCAGAUCCUCCACGUCGGCGAUAAGAAUGCAGAUCCGGAGAGCGUCCGCAAGGCGCUCGACCGCGCCACCCAAUCACUGCCGAAGCGCAAGCACGUCAAGGUGCUGGUGCAGACUGCGCUGCUGGAGAUUCGGGAGGGGUCGGUUGAGCGCGGUCGGACCAUGUUCGAGUCGAUCCUGAGGAACUAUCCCAAGCGCACCGAUAUUUGGAGCACCUACAUCGACCAGGAGAUCAAGCAGGGCGAUCCCGACCGCACCAGGUCUCUGCUGGAGCGAGCUACGCACCUGGACCUCAACCCCAAGAGCAUGAAGUUUUUGUUCAAGCGGUACCUCAACUUUGAGAGGGAGGUUGGGGACAGGCAACGCAUCGAGCACGUGAAGCAGCGCGCGUUGGACUAUGUCGCGCAAAAGUUCGGUUGAUGA